CCUAUUGGUCAAUAUAAAUAUCAGCCAAUCAGAAUCUCUUUCUUAUCUCGAUUUGGUUCGACCUAAAAAGAUUCUAAAAUUCGAAAACAUCAUUUUCCCACUAAAAUACUGCGUAUCACGGUAAACAGCUCAUAAUUUUAUUAAACUAUAAGCUACUUAAGAUGGUGAAUGUCCGGUUUCCCAAACAACUUUCAGAGGAAGAGGAGAUAUUGCAAAAGAAGUUUAUCAUAUUGAAAAAAAAGAAGAAACAGUUGCAGGCAAUGAGAGCUCCUCCCAAGCCUGAGCCUGAACCACCAGCCAAUACCCCUGUCAAACGAAGUGCUUCUGAAGUAAGUGAAGAAGCCAAGGAACAACUCAAGAAACUUGUCCAGUCUGGGGCUAUUAAGAUUAAAGAUAAAAAGGAGAAACAAGGAUUUAAAAGACUGAAAAAGAGCAAAGAUCCAGAGAAGGUGAAUGCCUCACUGAGUUUCCAACCAUUCUCUAAGGACAAUGAAGAAGAGGAAAGAGAGGCUGCCAGUAAGUACAACCCCAAGAGCCUCUAUGACAGCUUUGUACCAUCCAGGAAUAGAGACCCAGCAGAAAGGCGAGAUCGGGAGAGAGACCGAGAGAGAGAACUUCCCAAAAGUGGUCAUACCAUAUAUAUACAUGGUCAUGGAAUUACAGAUGAAAUUCUUCAAAAAGCAUUCGGGAAUAUUGGCAAAAUCAUAAAUGUGACUAUGGAAGAUGCUAAAAAUUGUGGUUUUGUCACAUUUGAGAAGACAUCAGAUGCAGAUAAGGCAAUCGCUGAGAUGAAUGGCACUGUUAUUUCUGGUGCACAUCUGCGUGUAACUAUGGCACGACGUCAACCAAACAUUGAACAAUUUGCCAAACCAGCACCAACAGCAGGUUCCUCAGGGGGCACCAGUCAGUGGGGAAAUCUAGCGGCUAACCACUCACAGAAAGGAUCUCAUAAAGACAAACGUGACUUAGUGACUUACGACAAUGAGGAUAUAUUCUGAGAUCGCAGCCUGUAAAAUUGUAUAUUAUCUUUGGAGACAUAUACCAUGAGGGUCAAAGAAGAAACUUCAAUGAGAGUUUCAAUGUGAAAUAAAAUGCCAGGCUCUUAUGAAAGUUAUUUUGAUUGAAGAGCUGGAUUUUGAUUAGUUGAUAAAAUCUAAGAUUGAAGAAUUAUCUGAAGCCCCAAGAGUAUAGAUGGUGAAGCUGUGGAAAAGGAUAGGACAUAUACUGCAUUUUGACUUUGGUGAACAAUCAAAACAGAUCAGCCCAGGAACAUCAAU